GAAUCCGUGCAAGUAUUGGCAGAAGCGGGGGCUAGUGUCAAUGUUCAGAACAGGCGGGGAACAACAGCGUUGAUGCAUGCCGUAAAAAACAGCCAUGCUUUGCUGGACGUACUGUUAGAGUUUGACGUGGACAUAAACUUACAUGACAGCACAGGCUACACUGCACUUCACAUUGCUGUACAAUCUCGGAAACUGGAUUGCAUCGAAACCCUUUUAAGCAACGGAGCCCAUAUAAAUGCCAUCAAUGCUUGCGGCCAAACCCCUCUGAUGCUUGCCAUAAUGUAUGGGUAUGAUUGUUGCGUUAAACUACUUAUGUCACACCGUGCGGAUGUCAAUACGAGGUGCCGUGAAGGCAAAACAGCGCUGAUGUACGCAAGUUCCAAACUUAUUUUUAGAUGCCUUGAGAUUUUGAUCAAUUGCAAUGCCGAACUGAAUAUUUUCGACAAUGAAAAAAAGACAGCUCUACACCAUGCUGUUGAUAAAUGUGAUUUCAAAUGCUUUCGACUCCUCGUCGAGUGCGGGGCUGACGUGAACAUUCUUCAUCUUAGUUCCACACCAGUCUUGUUCAAGGCAGCCAUUAUACAUGAUUAUAUUCAAGUUAUAACUGAUGGGGGUGCCGAUGUCAACCUUCGCCAUGAGAGCGGAAUGACGUAUCUCAUGCACGCGUCUAAAGUCGGUUGCAAUAAUUCGGUUCGACUUCUUUUGGAAAAAAAAUGCCAGCUUAGACGCAGGAGACAAUCGAGGCAAAACUGCUCUGAUGUAUGCCUCGGCGCAAGGCAAUUUUAAAUGUGUAAUAACUCUUCUUUCUUAUGGAGCUUCGCUUGAAGCGACCAGCACUGAAGGACUCACGCCACUUAUGUUAGCGGCAGAGAAAUCUCAAUUUAAAUGUCUGUGUUUGCUUGCCCCAGAAAACGCCGACAUCCACGCAAGAUGCAAUUACGGAAACACGGCCUUGACAUUUUCAAUAAGGUCGGGGAGCUUAAAUUGUUUAGAAUACCUGAUAUCGUCAGGGGCUGAUGUCAACACAAGCAAUAAAGAAGGUGUGACGCCGAUAAUGUGUGCCGCCCAAAGUGGUCUUGUCAAAAUCGUCACGGCACUUAUUAUAGCCGGUGCUGACGUAAACGCACGGAACUAUUCAUUGUCUCCAGUUUCAAUUGCCCUGUCCAGUCGCAGCAGCAAUGUUCUUGAAGAAUUAUUGAAACAUGGUGCGAAUGUAGACUCAUGUAGUAUCGGCCUCACAGACUUCAGCCACCUUGUAAAGACCGACAAGACGGACUGUUUGCGGAUGCUGAUAUCAAAUGGAGGUUUGCCUUAUUCUGAAGACCUCACCACGGCACCGCAGUCACCACUGAUGUCCGCCUUACUUCAAGGAAUUAUCGGCGUCUGCAAUUAUUUCAUUGUUAAUAAUUACCUCACUAAAGAAGACUGCAGGACAGGUUUUACCAUGGACUUAAUCAGCAGAAUGCAAAAGGAGUCAAAACUUUUUGUGUCACCGCUUUUCUCUCAGCCCUGGCCUCUCAGUAAUCUGGCCCUCGUAGCCACCUCUCAUGCCGCCGGUCCAAGUCCGGGACGGACACAGCGAGUGGACAGCCUUCCGCUUCCCAAUAAAAUGAAAACACUUUUGCUUUACCGAGGCCUGCCGUCGAGGAUAUGUACGGAGCAAUGGGAUGACAUUUCACUUUGCUUUGAUCCACAGGACUACACGAAUCUUCCAAUUAGAAAUCAGUUUCUGUUCAGCUGGCCUGUCGGGCGUGGCUUGGUU